AUGGAGCAAGCACCGAGCCCUCCUCCUAAAGCAACCCAGCACGAGCCCAUCAGCUUCGGCAUCGAUCAGAUCCUGGGAGACACAGACACCGGGGCCGGGAGACAACGCGAUGUAAGCGCCGGGGAUGCUUUCUAUAGUUUAGCGACCCCGACUGGGAGCAGCGCACCUUCCUAUACGGCUCUGUCCAUCUCCCUCUCCGGCGUCAUGCCUCCGGUGGAAGCGCCGGGCUACGGGGAGAACAGGAGUGCGGGAAGCCGAGGAGUGAUUAGAGUUCCAGCUCACAGACCGGUGACAGCACCGGGGCCGCAAACCUCAGUUCAGAGCGCUGUGCCCGGAUUUGGAGGACUGUGUUUCCCCUGGAUAGGGAAUCGGUUCGCUAAGGAACGAAUAUCCGCGGCUCUGGUUCCAUUCUCAGUGACGCGGCGAAUAGGCCACCCGUAUCAGAACCGGACACCCCCGAAAAGGAAAAAGCCACGAACGUCCUUUUCCAGGGUGCAAAUCUGCGAACUGGAGAAACGUUUCCACCGUCAGAAGUACCUGGCCAGCGCCGAGAGGGCCGCCUUGGCCAAGAGCCUGAAAAUGACCGACGCCCAAGUCAAAACCUGGUUUCAGAACCGCAGAACCAAGUGGAGGAGGCAGACUGCCGAAGAACGGGAGGCGGAGCGUCAGCAGGCCAAUCGGCUCAUCCUGCAGCUGCAGCAGUCCGCCCUGCACAAGUCCCUGGGCGAAUCCACCGUUUCCGACCCGCUGUGCGCGCACAACUCCUCCCUGUACGCCCUGCAGAACCUGCAGCCCUGGGCCGAGGACAGGGAAUAG